AAAAUGAACUCGUGCUGUGAUUGGAUGAUCCGCCUGUCUGGUUGUUGGAUUUGUAAAAACGGAUCCCUCUACGCGUCGUUGUUGUAGGGCGCCGUCCGGCAUGUCUUGUUUACGUUGAGGUCGGAAUAGUAGCCUGCGGUACAGCUAAACGUUUCUGAAUAAACCCCCAUCACAGAGAUCAGAAAAUUGGUAUUUACAGAUAAGGAGAAACAAGGAGAGAAAGUGAGAGCAAGGGGAUGUUGACUCAUUCCUCUGACCCGCUUCCUCAGAUAGUUUGUCCAAUGGAUGAAGAUGCUAUUCCCCCAAACCGUUUCUGUAGUGCACCUCCCCACAGUGAACCUCCACCACCUCUCCUCCCCCUUUCCUCCAUCACUCCCAGCUGUGCGAAUGAUGGAAUAUCUGGACACAGAAGGAGUGGUCGCAUUCAAGGGAACAGAGCACAAACUCCUAAAAAGCAGAGCAAUACAGACAUUGGAGCAGCUCAGAAACCAUCCAGACAGAGUCCGUCCCCCACAAAGAGACAAGGGGAGAGUGGGAACAUGGUACAAGUGUCACAGUCCAAGCAGCCAAGAGUUGAAAGCACACAUGGACAUGAGAAACAAAACGAGGAUGGAUUUGAUUUUAGUUUUGUGGCAGAGCAGCGAAAUACGCAAAAGGACUGGGAAAGCCCUCGGAAGAAACCAAAUGUCUCUGCGGCAGAAAAUGUAGUCGAACAGUUUGACAGUACCACUCAGAAUCUUGACACCACUAAAUCUGAUGUGGCUACAUGCGGGGGAUUGGCUGUUGGACACACUGUUGAAAAUGCAUCUGCCCCGAAGGGAUGGGUGAUCGGCCCCUUGUUUCAGUCAUUCAAGUCGAAGAUGGCCUGUUUCACAGAGAUAGUAAUGAGUCCGGUUAAACUCUUCAGAGCUAAUAGUCCUCCACCAUCCAUGGACCAUCCAGACAAACUCAAUAAGUGUGAGCUGCAAGCUGAUGAAACAUCUGAUAUUGAACAUUCAGAACCAAGCGAUGUGUUUCAUCCAGAAGCACAAAGUGAGAAUGGAAAUCAGGACGGCAAAGCUAAUCAGCAGAGGCUCACUGAAGUAGAAUGUGUGCAAAAUGCAAAAACUGUUGCUCUUAAAUAUUCUAAAAAAUUGUCGUUUGAUGUGGAGUCAUCAACACACAGCUCUGAACUGGCAGAUGAAUGUGCAAUAACUCAGAAGGAAAAAAACUCACCUGAUUCUGUGCCUUUGCAACACAGUCCCUUACCCUGCAUUGUUUCUGAGGACGUUCCAGAAUCUGAUGGGUCCGUGAUUAGGUCCUCUAUACUGUUACAGCCCUCUGUCAGUGUAAGUGCCUCACAUGAAUCCAAGUUAAAGAUAUCCAGUGCCAUGGAGGCCCAGAAAGGCAAAAUGGUUGUCCAGCUGAAAACACUGCCUAGGAGGUGUUCCAGAAAGAGAACUGAAGCAAAGAAAGUUGCCUCUAAGACUUUAACAUCUGAAGUCACAAUGGAAGAGUCUUACCCAGAGGUUAUUGAUGAGCAAGUUUCUCACAUGAAUUUAGUCAAAUCAAACAAAGCAGACUCAAGAGACAUUGACAAAACACUGUCAUUAUCUUCUUCAGUCUGUUAUGCUCAGCCUGAUGGUGAUGAUGAUGAUGGCAGGAAAAUGGAAAGUUGCCACUUGGUUUGCCAAAAUCUCUGGAAUAACUUAACUGACAGUGACAGUGCUAUUGGAAGGACACUAAAGCCUACUUUGGAUACUCAGCAGCUGGAAUGUCAGCUAAACCCUGAAAUGUAUUCAGCUGCAGGUCUUGGGAGAGCAAAGAGGGGGCUGAAACUGGACUGUCAUUCCCAAGACUUUGUGAAGAGGAAAAGAUUGACAGCAAAUAUAUGUACAAAGGAUAUAAAAACACAAGAGUUAUUAAAUGUGGCUUCAGAUAGUGGCGUAUUGAGAGUGCUAAGACCAACAAGAAAGGAAGUGUCUACAAAUACCAUUGUAGAUAGGGAAGAAAUGGUGAAGCCUGCUAGAAAAAGACAGGCAGUUUCAACAAGAGCAAACAAGAAAGGAAAAGGUGGACAAGAAAUGCUUGCUACCAUAAAUAAAGCAGUGUUAAACAUACAGACUGAAAGUUCCUCUGAUGUGAUGUUGGUUUGCUCACUGGAUAAAAGCAGUUGUGUGUCAGAGAACAACCAAAAGGGCAGCAGCAGCAAGGUGAAGCCCAGUGGUUCAUGCAAAAGACUGAAGACAAGAACAGGUCUUGGUAAACCUGAUGUAGGCAUUGAUAACUGUAUGGAUCUGGAAACCACCAUGGCAAUCAUCUCUACAAAACAAGUAGAGCAGGAACCGUUAUCAGAAGUCUUUGACGGUUCUGAUAUAAAGCAGCUCCAGACCACAAACAAGUGCAGGAAUAUAAACAAAAAACCACUAAAACGCAAAACGCCAAACCAAGCGAGUUCAACUACAGAAUCAGACAGCACUUUGGUUUCUACCUCAUCAGCACUAUCAAUGGAACCAUUAGAACUCACGCCCACAGCUUUUAAUAACUCUCAGCAUGUUCAAAACGAGGAGAGCAUGAAAAUGGAGCUGAACCAGCCGUCCAAGAGACCCAAAAAGGGUUUUAGAGGUGCUGUUAAAUUAUCUGCGUCAGGUGGGACUCAAGAGACAAAGCAAUGUAUCCAUAACCUUAAUUUGAUAACCAAAGAAAACCAGUCUAAAGAAGGAAAAGGUAAAAUGUCAAUGGACCCUUUAUAUUUUGAAAUGACACCUUUUGAAAGUAAUCACCAACUUGUUCCUUCACCCUCCCAUCUUGAUUUAGACUAUGUACAAUUAAGUAAUGAAGUUAAGCAUGUUAUGGAUGAGAAGGAAAAGAGUACUGCUUCCGUGGCAGAUGAGGUAUUUCCCACUGAUGCUGAAGCCAGUAACCACAGCAGCAUCAAUGUCUCUAGGUUAAGGUCUAGUGCAAGAAGGGUUAACAUUAAGCCAAGGAGAACAGAUAACCAAAGGAGAAAAUGCAGGGUUUUGCAUAUUAGGAAACGUAAAGGUGAAGAGGUGACAAACUCCAUCACUAUGGAUGAUGCAGACCUGGUUACAGAAGGAAGCUCAUCAGAAAAUAGCCUUUCAAGGCGCCUGUUACGCAGCUACUCUUGCCCAGAGAUCCCCUCCCUCCGUUCCCAUGACGCAACUUGGGCUUCUUCUCUGCAUUCACCCCAUCACAGCAGGAUUCACACACCACACCAGCAUCAGUCUUCCCACAUUCCUCUUGUUCAUCAUGCCCACAAAUCCCUGCGGCGGGCUCGUCGACACACAGUCUGCAGUAUAGAAGUGGAGAGGGAGAUCGCCCCUCUCUGCCUUCGUAAGGAGGUGUACCCAUCCAGAAGAUCUGUCCUAUAUGACAGCGCCACCCAACACUUGUCUCCUAGUCUUGCACUUUCUCCCAGCACUUCCCUCUCAGCUCUUGCUUCCUGUUUCCUUUCAAGCCCCCUGGCUUUCCUUUCUAAGAAAGUAGACAGCAGAGGAGCUGCUGCCAGCCCCAGCAGCAGCUCCUCCUCCAGUCACAUUUCCUCUCCCACUGCCUCUUCUUCGAUAUACUCAUUGAGCUCCUCAACAUGGCGCCUUCCAGGAUUCCUCGAAAGAACUGACUCUUGUAGUGCUACCUUGGACUCUAGCAGCAGUGGGAAUCCCCUGGAGUGUGAGAUUGAGAGAAGGCAACAGAGUGAAGAGGAGGAUGAUGGCGAGGACACAAGCUCAUCCAGUCAGGAGUUUGAAGAUGUAGGGUUGAGAGAAGAAAAGGCCUUUUCUGAUUCUGAAAUCAAGGUGGUGCAAAAGCAUGAGGAACGAGGGAAAGUGUCGUCUAUUAGAAUUCGGAAAACUUUACCUAAACCUCAGAACAACCUGACACCCAUGGGUCUGCCCAAACCCAUCAGGCUGAAAAAGAAGGAGUUUAGUUUGGAAGAAAUUUACACCAAUAAGAAUUUCAGCAAACCCCCUGAAAGCCGGCUGGAGACCAUAUUCGAGGUGCCUCUCAAUCGCCGGAAUGGUUCGGAGUCCUGGUUUGGCCAGAGGCGUGUCAAGCGAUUUUUGGAGUUCCUGGAGGUCGGCGAGGCCAGAAAACCAAAGAAGCCACUUGUUGGUUUUGCUAAGGCGGGUAUUUCAUCUUCCAGGACAAGACGAGGGUGCUUUCCUAAAGAUGAACGGUCCCUCAGCGUGCAGGAUGUGGACUCACUUCUCUGUGCCAAGCUUGAACAGCUGAAUUUGUGGUUGAUAAAUGAUCAGAAAGACAGUUGACAGAUGCCUUUUUUAAAUGUUGAUUGUUUGGCAGCCAUUAAAAAGCACUGCAAGAGAUAAUACUGUUUAUGUGACUAUUUCUAAUGUGUUUUCAACAUGAAGAUUCACAUAUGAGUCUUCCAGCUCUUUAUUUUUUACUGUUUGUCUGCACAAUCAGUGUAUAGUUGUUGUGGUGACAAGUUAUUAUUGAAGAAUUACAUGUUCGUUCUGUAGCAUGUGUAGCCUGCAAGGUGAAGAAUAAGGCACUAUAGCACCAUAAGUGUGUUGCCUCAUAGAAGUUGGUUAUAAACAUAGUGGUUAAAUGCAUUAUACAGUAAGUCACUUAUUUGUCAUUACUUCACUCAAACCUCUGUCGUCCAUUAUUCCCCCCACCACUUUCCAUCUGCGAUCAGUGAAACUGUCUAAUGGCAAACGUUGACAUCCUUGAUUUAAACACUUGUUACAGUAUCAUAGCAUUUUCGUUAUAUCUUAAGUUUCUAAAAUCUCAGACUUACCCAGAGUAUUACAAAUCUGCACAACCUCCUUGGGUGAGUGAUGAUGCCGUUUUGUUACAAUGACUUUCUUUUCAAAAAUGACAAUGCAGAAUGCAUCUGAUUUCUUUUGCGCUGUCUUGUUUGAAAGAAAACAUGUAUGUAUUACACAAGUAGUAGUGACCUUGCAGCGUCAUUGUAAGUUAUUUUAUAAAGGCAGCUAUUUUUUUUUAAAUUAAAUGCUGAAUAUAGCUUUUAAAAAUGCCAGCAAGAGAUUUGUAUUUGCUGCAACCAGUUUCACAACCAACAAGUUUCUGUCCACUAAUUUUAUG